UCGGGGUGGAGGUACUCAAAAAGAAAUCGAUCAUAUUUCUUCAUUUGGAAAAGUCAUAUUCAUUUGAAUCAAGUAACACUGGUGGCAUAUUUAGGACUAGUCAGUUCAGUUUAACAGUUUAAAUUGUGACGUGUCAUAGCGAAAUAAACAUGAACAGGGUCAUUCAAACAAUAGAUGCUCAUCAGAUCAAAGAGCAGGUGUAAACACAGUUGUUCUGUGAGUGACGCUUCAUGCCACACAGAGCAGCGCCUCCUAUUGGCUGCCUCCCCCUGACGUCACUGUGCGGUCGCGUCGCGUCUCGAGUGAGGAGCGCGAGCGCGUCGGUGCCCGUCACUCGGUUCUUUGCGCGCUUCUGUGAAACGAUUUGAACGAAAGAGACGCUCAUUUCAGCGGAGCCCAUGUUUUUGGACCGAACGCAAACUUUUGAUUAGAAGUGGUGAAGGUGUUUCCAGUAAUGAUGUCAUCCUGUAGUCCUCUGCCAUUGGCUGUCACAUGCUGUUUGAUUGCUUUGACAUCAUCACUCAACCUGGACGACCCUAAUGUCUGCAGUCACUGGGAGAGUUACUCAGUGACCGUGCAGGAGUCGUACGCUCACCCGUUCGAUCAGAUUUACUACACCAGCUGCGCAGACAUCCUCAACUGGUUCAAAUGCACUCAGCACAGGGUGAGCUACAGAACGGCUUACCGCAGAGGAGAGAAGACCAUGCACCGCCGCAAGUCCCAGUGCUGCCCGGGAUUCUACCAGAGCAGAGACAGAUGUGUUCCUCACUGUGCUGAGAAGUGUGUGCACGGCCGCUGCGUGGCCCCCAGCAGCUGUCAGUGUGAGCCGGGCUGGGGAGGGUCCGACUGCUCCAGCGCAUGUGACGGUGAUCACUGGGGUCCGCACUGCAGCAGCCGCUGUCAGUGUCAGAACGAGGCGCUGUGUAACCCCAUCACCGGAGCCUGCCUCUGUGCGCCCGGGUACCGCGGCUGGCGCUGCGAGGAUCUCUGCGAGCGCUCCACCUACGGACACGGCUGCCAGCAGAGGUGCUUGUGCCAGAACAACGCCACGUGCCACCACGUCACCGGAGAGUGCGUUUGCAGCCCUGGAUACACGGGAGCGUUCUGCGAGGACCUGUGCCCUCCAGGGAAACAUGGGCGGCAGUGUGAAGAGCGCUGUCCCUGUCAGAACGGCGGCGUGUGUCAUCAUGUGACUGGAGAAUGCUCCUGCCCGGCCGGCUGGAUGGGAAUGGUGUGUGGACAGCCGUGUCCGGCGGGACGCUUCGGGAAGAACUGCUCACAGGAGUGUCAGUGCCAUAAUGGAGGAAGCUGUUCUCCGUCCACUGGUCAGUGCGUGUGUAGCGCAGGAUACACAGGAGAGAGGUGCCAGGAUCAGUGUCCGGUGGGCUCGUACGGUGUGGGCUGCAGACAGGCGUGUAGCUGUGUGAACGGUGCCCAGUGCUAUCAUGUGAGCGGAGAGUGUCUGUGUGAGCCGGGAUACACGGGCGAGAGCUGCGAGGAGCGCGUCUGUCCGGAGGGCCUGUACGGUCUCAAGUGUGACAGGAAGUGCCCGUGUCACGCCAGUAACACACGCAGCUGUCAGCCCGUGUCGGGGGAGUGCUCGUGCAGACCGGGCUGGUCGGGCUUGUACUGUAACGAGACGUGUGCUCCUGGUUUAUACGGCGAGGCGUGUCAGGAGGUCUGUCGCUGUCAGAACGGAGCCGACUGCCACAGCGUGAGCGGGGAGUGUGUCUGCGCGCCCGGAUUCAAGGGCUCAGAUUGCUCCGUUCCCUGUCCCGCCGGCACCUACGGCAUCAACUGCAGCUCAGUGUGCUCGUGUCAGAACGCAGCCGCUUGCUCCCCCAUCGACGGAUCCUGCUCCUGUCAAGCAGGGUGGCACGGGGUGGACUGCUCCAUUAACUGCCCCAGCGGCUGGUGGGGUCUGGGCUGUAACCUGACGUGUGUGUGUGGGAACGGAGGCGCGUGCAGCGCUCUGGACGGGAGGUGCACCUGUGCUCCGGGCUGGAGAGGACACAGAUGUGAUCAACACUGUCAGGAUGGGACGUAUGGCCUGGACUGUCGCGAGCGCUGUGACUGCAGUCAUGCAGACGGGUGUCACCCCUCGACUGGACACUGCCGCUGUCUGGCCGGAUGGACAGGCAUUCACUGUGACAGUGUGUGUGCUGAGGGCCGCUGGGGGCCAAACUGCUCUCUGUCCUGUAACUGUAAGAAUGGAGCGUCGUGUUCACCGGACGAGGGUGCGUGUGAGUGUGCACCUGGAUUCAGAGGAACCACCUGCCAGCGCAUCUGUUCUCCGGGUUUCUUUGGCCACCGCUGUAGCCAGGCCUGUCCGCACUGCGUCCACAGCAGUGGCCCUUGUCACCAUGUGACCGGCCAGUGUGACUGUCUGCCCGGGUUCAAAGGGGCACUCUGCAACGAAGUGUGUCCCAGUGGCAGGUUCGGUAAGAACUGUGCGUGGAGCUGCACCUGCACUAAUAAUGGCACAUGUAACCCCAUCGAUGGCUCGUGUCAGUGUUACCCCGGCUGGAUCGGCAGUGACUGCUCACAGCCAUGUCCUCCGGGUCAGUGGGGUCCCAACUGCGUCCACACCUGUUACUGUCACAACGGGGCGUUCUGCAGCGCUUAUGACGGCGAGUGUAAGUGUACAGCCGGCUGGACGGGGCUGUACUGCACACAACGCUGUCCACUAGGUUUCUACGGUAAGGACUGUGUUCAGGCGUGUCAGUGUGAGAACGGCGCAGACUGCAAUCAUAUCUCCGGUCAGUGCACGUGCCGCACCGGCUUCAUGGGACGCCACUGUGAACAGAAAUGUCCCUCGGGUACAUACGGAUACGGCUGUCGGCAGAUGUGCGACUGUCUCAAUAACUCCACCUGUGAUCACAUGACUGGCACCUGCUACUGUAACCCCGGCUGGAAAGGCACACGCUGUGACCAAGCCGGUGUGAUCAUUGUAGGGAAUCUCAACAGCUUGACGAGCGCUGCUGUGCCUGUGGACUCGUAUCAGAUCAGUGUGAUCGCAGGAAUCAUCGUUCUGGUGCUCCUUGUUCUCAUCCUCCUCCUCCUCUUCAUCAUUUACCGCAAGAAACAGAAAGGCAAAGAAUCCACGAUGCCUGCGGUCACGUUCACACCUACCAUGAGGGCCAACACCGAUUACGCCAUCGCAGAGCCGCUCCCGCAGACUGACGUCCUUCCCAACAGUAACUAUUUCUCCAACCCCAGCUACCACACGCUGACCCAGUGCAGCAGCCCACCUCACGUCAAUAACCUGCCCUUUGGAAAGCCGAAGAACAAUCGGUUGUUUGUGAACCUGAAGAACGCUGAGCCGAGGAAACAACUUUCCCUGCUGGAUCACACAGGAACUCUACCAGCCGACUGGAAACAAGGAGGAUCCUUAAAUGAGCUCGGAGCUUAUGGAGUUGACAUGCGUUACAUGGGAAAGUCACUUCGAGAUCUGGUGAAGAGCGUGCCCUAUCACGCCAGCUCCAGCUCUCUCAACAGCUCAGAGAACCCCUACGCCACCAUCAAAGACCCUCCUCUGCUGCUGACCAAGAGCUCCGAGUGCGGCUAUGUGGAGAUGAAGUCUCCCGCUCACAGAGACGCGCUGUACACUGAGAUACACGCCUCCAGCCCUGCCAACAAAAACGUCUAUGAAGUUGAGCCGACCAUCAGUUCUGUCCACACACUCUCUAACAACAACUGCAACGGGCCAUUUUGUCAAGAUCCAUAUGACCUGCCAAAGAACAGCCACAUCCCGUGUCAUUAUGACCUGCUGCCCACCAGAGACAGCAGCCCCUCGCCCCUCGAGGACACGGACACACACUUCACUAACGGACCAUGAACCUCUGCACUUCCACAGCAUUCCCUGAACGCUGUCCGUGUUGACCUUGGGUUCUCACAGUAGACAGAGUCCUGUGGAGUGUUUCAGCCGAGCUGCAAACAUCUGUAAUCUUUAUAAACCAAUCAUUCCAUUCAUUAAUAACAUUUCACACAAAUACAGGACAAUCCUUUAUGUUUCUGAUCAAAUAUGUCAGAUUAUUCCCAGUGGCAGUUUUCCAUUUUCUCAUUAUGAUAUUUAGGGUGUUAGCACUGUUUAUUGAGACUGGACUAUCAGCUCGGAAUUGUUUUUUUUUCGUCCGAAAGCAUUUCAGGUUUACCAAAGGUUGAUGUUCCUAAUGAAGCACCGUUUGUGUUGUAUUUAUAUCAACAGCGCCCAUUAAGUUUAGUUUACAGUUAUAAGUUUUAACAUGUGCCUUUUGAUUUCAGUCCUAUAAAACGUGAACACUGAAACGAAGGGCAGAUACUUUAGUGUGUAGUACUUAGUAAGUAGUUUUUAGUAAGCUAAAGCUGGACUUUUGCGAAGAAAGACAAAUCUUUAAGAUGAUGUGCUGGGGUCAGUUUGGUAGGAAUGCAUCUUUGGAGUCUUCAGGACGUGCGAUGAGUCUUAAAGCACUCUGAGCCUGGACUUUAAUUGUAUAAAACUGUACAUAGUACCAGUUCUUUUAUGAACUGCAUUUAUUUCCUUUAAAAGUGUAACAUACUCCUAAAUUCCUCUGUAACUUGACCAAUGUUGUGUAAAGCAGGACAUGCAGUGAAGACUGACUUUUCUGACUGGACCUCAGUGUACGGUUUUCCUUUAUUUUAUUGGUUUGUUUGUUACUGUACUAAAUAUGCCACACAAAGAAAUGAUCAAUAAUAUUGAUUUCAAAAACAACUGAGUGUGUAUGAGUGUGUGCUGUAUGUAUCUUAAAACUGUACCUUUGUUUUGCUUUUCUCCAGAUAUGUUUUUUAAUAAAUGCACAAAGUGUAAUAGGG